UUCACUUUGAAAUACUGUGACAAUGGAGUACAAGAGAUUAAGCGUGCUCAUUUUCGUUAUGCUUGCUGUAUAUUCGUAUGGCGUGUCCGAUGUACAAGCCAAGAAGAAGUGUGGGAAACGAUGUGCUAAACCUCAGAAAGAUAACGAAGACUGGGAGAGUUCUUGCUACACCAAUGUAAUUGACGCUAGCCUGAAACGAUUCCUAUCUGACUAUAAAGAUGAUGAGAUCAAGAAAGAGAUGGAAAGGCUACUCGCAAUUGCGGAUGCGAAUAAACCUGUUGAGAAGGAAGAAACAGAUGAACCUGGAUGGGAAACAGAAACUGAAUCGGAAAGAGAAAUAAUUGUUGGUACAGUGAAAAGAGGUGAAAAGAUUCAACGAGGUGGUCCAAACGAACGCGUUAUACUGAGAGAGAAAAAGCCAUUCAGCAAGGAUAAAGCUAAGAAGAAGGGUGGGAAACGAUGUGCUAAACCUCAGAAAGAUAACGAAGACUGGGAGAGUUCUUGCUACACCAAUGUAAUUGACGCCAGCCUGAAACGAUUCCUAUCUGACUACAAAGAUGAUGAGAUCAAGAAAGAGAUGGAAAGGCUACUCGCAAUUGCGGAUGCGAAUAAACCUGUUGAGAAGGAAGAAACAGAUGAACCUGGAUGGGAAACAGAAACUGAAUCUGAAAGAGAAAUAAUUGUUGGUACAGUGAAAAGAGGUGAAAAGAUUCAACGAGGAGGUCCAAACGAACGCGUUAUACUAAAGGAGAAAAAGCCAUUCAGCAAGGAUAAAGGUCAAUCAGAUUGGGAGAUAACAGAUGAAGACGAAAGAGAAGUAUUCGUCAGAGGUCAUUAA